AUGAGCUCAGAAGACCGUAGGGGAAGCUCAGAGAGCCAAAGCUUUUAUAAGGAUAUCUUUGAGUAUGUCCAGAAGAAUAUGAGUUUGGAAGAACUGCUAUCCCUGCUCACUGAAGAUGAACCCUGGGAGAAUCUUGUGACCGAGGCCAAUUUGUCCAGGGAAGAGGCAGAUGGACUCAGUGAAUGUCUGAUCAAGCUGCUAACAAUCUUGAACAGGAAGAACCAAGAGGGGUCCCAAAAAUACCAGCAGGAAAAGGAGAGGUUUUUGAAGGAGUUUCCUCAGGUAAAACAGGAGCUGAAGGAGAGCAUAAAAAAGCUCCGUGAGCUCGCAGACAGUGUUGACAAGGUGCACAGGGACUGCACCAUCUCCAAUAUGGUAGCCUCCUCCACCGGUAUUGCGUCUGGUGCCCUGAGCAUCCUUGGCCUGGGUCUGGCACCCUUUACAGCAGGCCUCAGUCUGGGACUCUCAGCCGCUGGAAUAGGGCUGGGAGCAGCAGCUACUGUAACAGGUUUGUCCACCAUGGUGGUGGAAACUAUAAACAAGUCAUCAGCAGAAACCCAGGCCAUGCGCCUUAGCAAAGCCACAGCAAAAUCCAUAAGUCUUCUCAAAAAAGUUAAAGACUUUGCGAAGCAUAUUCAAGCCAUUAGGGUGGCCAGACGCAACCCUCAAUUAGUAGCCACUGCUCAGCACUUCGUAAACAGCGGGCGACUCUCUGCCCAAAGUGCCCAGCAGGUGACAAGAAAUUUUGGAGGCACACCUCUGGCAGCGACUAGAGCAGCCCGCAUCAGGAGUGGAGUCCUCUCAGGUGUAUUCAUAGGGCUGGACGUGUACUCUCUGGUGAAAAACGCACAGGACUUGCAGGAGGGGGCAAAGACAGCAUCAGCUGAGAACAUGAGGCAGGAAGCCCAGGAGCUGGAGAGGAAGUUGGAGAAGCUCACCCGGAUCUAUGAGAGUCUGCAAUAG